GAUAGAACUUGCAAGAUGGCCUCGUACUGAGAAAUCUGUGUAUUCGUGUAUUCAUCACAAGUUGCAAUCAUUGUAAUCAUUUAGAUUAUUGGAAUUGCUGUGUGUAGUGAUUUUGUGUUGCAUCUAUUAAUUAUCCACUAAACUUAAUCAUGGGCACAUCAGAUUUGGAAGGUCUCGAAUGCAAGAGAGAAUCUUUAGGAUUAGAUUCUGAUACAGAUGGAGUGUCUGAUCAAAGAAAAAAAAAGAAAAGAAAACACAAGCAUCAUAAGCAUAAGAAAGAAAAAUUAAUUGAAAGAGAAGACGAACGAUUAGACAGGCAAGAAAAGCGAAAGCAUAAGAAACAUAAAAGACAGAGGAAAGAAAGGGAUAUGGAAAAUGGUACCAUGGAUGAGAAAUUAAUCGCAAAUGUGGUACAUAAAGAAGUCGAUAUGAAUGGAAAAACAAAAAAUUCUGUAUUAGAAGUUGUUUCUACGGAAGAAAGUGAAGAUGAAAAAUUAGUUGAUCUAGAUUCUGAUGAAGUAGAUUGUACAAUCAUAGAAGAUGAUAUUGAUCUUGAAGAGUUAAUGAAACAAAAGGAACGAUUACAAGCAUGUUUAGUACAAUAUCUCUCAGAUGAAUCGGAGAAAGGAGAAGACAAGGAACUACAAGAAGAGGAAGAAGUCAAAACAGCGGUAGAAACACCUGAUGUGAUACUAGUGGAAGACGAUAGUGACACCAAUGAUGUACCAUUGAAGAAACAAACUAGAAGCAAAUCAGGUAGCAGAGAAUGUAAGAAAAUAAUAAAGACCGAAAGACGUGUUAUAGUUGAUAUGACUAGAGACAGGAAAACUCGUGAACAACACAAAGAUAAGAGAAGAGAUUUUGAUAGGAAAAGAGAUGAGAAAAUCCGAUCUAGAGAGGAAGGAAAAAGAGAAGAGAAUCGAAAAGACGAUAGAUCUCGAAAAGCCAGUGAAAGACAAAAGGAGGAUACAAGAAAAGAUGAAUUGAAUAGAAAAACAGAUGAUGAACAAAAACGUAAAGAUCUUAUACGAAAAGAUGAAACACGAAAAAGAGAAUCAGAUAGACGAGAAGAGAAUCGAAGACGAGAGCCGAUUCGUCAUAGUCCAAAAACCCGUAAUGAGGCAAAGAAUUCAGAUAAUAAAGGUCGUGACAGGUUGGGAAGUCGUGAGCGUCAAGACAGCCGAGAUCGCCACAUUAGUCAUGAUCGACGCAGUCGCGACAGACCAUCGAGCAGGGAACCUCGUCGUCAUGCUAGUCGCGACAAGAGAGACAGUAGAAGUAAGGAUCGACAUGGAAAUAGAGAUCGACACGACAGUAGUCGUGAUCGACGAGAUAAUCGGUAUCAUGACCAUCGAAUUGAAGACCGAUCUCGCAGCACCGCAAGAAGAUCACGCAGUCUUACACGAAUCAGGUCGGAAAGAGAACGAAACGAUCGAUAUAAAAGAUCUAGAUCACCCUCUCGAAAUCGCAGAGAUCGGGAUAAGCAGCAAACCAGGGACCAUGUCAGAGAUCGCGAGAGAGAUAGAGAAAAAAACAGCAAAAGAGAACGUAGCGAUAAAUAUAAGGAUUCUUUAUCGGAAGGUCUUAAAGUAGAACAUUCGGAGAGCUCGAGCGAAGAGGAUAUCAAAGACAUCGAUAUCGAAGAAGAAGAAGAUGAAGAAGCAAUUAUAGAACGUCGACGAAAACAAAGAGAAGAAUUGCUCAAAAGAUUAGGUGGACCAAAUGAAGACUCCAAUAUGUCUGCCGACAUAAAUGUUCCUGGUUCUCCGGAAAGCCAAUCUAAUAUAUCACAAAAAUCUAUAGAAGCUCCAUCCAAUAACAAUGAAUCUAUUUUGGAAAGUCAUACUCCACCACUGCCCACAGAAAAAUUAGAGUCUCCACCUCCAGCCAAGAAAAGAAAAUCUAGAUUUGAGGACGCGCCACCAAAUGAAUCUGACAAAACCGGGAACAUUAAGAUGUCCGAGAGAUUUAAACAGGAGGAAAAACAAACUUCAAAGAAAUCGAACGAAUGGGACAUGUUUGCAGAAGCAGAUAAUAUCGGAGAUUUUAAUAGCCCCACACUUGAAGGAAAGCGUCAGGGAGGACCAGAUAAUCCUAGUUUAACGGAUAAUUGGGAUGACGCUGAAGGAUAUUAUCGCGUACGUGUCGGCGAAACACUAGAUGCGCGAUAUGUAGUCUAUGGAUAUACAGGACAAGGGGUAUUUAGUAAUGUUGUAAGAGCAAGAGAUAGCGCUAGAGGAAAUUUGGAUGUAGCUGUAAAGAUAAUAAGGAACAAUGAAAUAAUGCAUAGAACCGGUUUGAAGGAGCUAGAAAUCCUUAGGAAGUUAAAUGACGCUGAUCCGGAGGAUAGAUUUCAUUGCUUGCGUUUAUUUAGGCAUUUCUUUCAUAAAAAUCACUUGUGCAUGGUUUUCGAACCUUUAGCCAUGAAUUUAAGAGAAGUUUUAAAAAAGUAUGGCAAAGACGUUGGUUUACACGUUAAAGCGGUAAGAUCGUAUACGCAGCAACUUUUUCUAGCACUAAAGUUAUUAAAACGUGCAAAUAUUCUACAUGCUGACAUCAAACCGGAUAAUAUUCUAGUCAGUGAAAGCAAGUUAGUACUAAAACUCUGUGAUUUUGGUUCCGCAUCGCACGCCCAUGAAAAUGAAAUAACACCGUACUUAGUUUCAAGAUUUUAUCGUGCGCCUGAAAUUAUUCUUGGUAUACCAUAUGAUUUUGGCAUUGACAUGUGGUCCGUGGGAUGCACCAUAUACGAACUAUACACCGGAAAAAUAAUGUUCUCGGGGAAAACGAACAACCAAAUGUUAAAGUACUUCAUGGAUCUGAAAGGCAAAAUGCCGAACAAACUAAUUAGGAAAGGCACAUUCAAGGAUCAACAUUUUGACAGUAACUGCAAUUUCCUGUAUCACGAGGUUGAUAAAGUUACGGAACGGGAAAAGGUCGUCGUAAUGUCGACACUGCCAGCGACUCGCGAUCUCAGUGCAGAACUCGGUGGGAAUUCAUUACCACCAGAACAAAGUCGCAAAGUCGGACAAUUAAAGGAUUUAUUGGAACGAACUCUGAUGCUGGACGCGGGAAAGAGAAUCACUGUGAAUCAUGCCCUGGCGCAUCCCUUUAUACAAGAAAAAAUAUAGGUAACCCUGUCCGGGGUCCUUUAGCAUCGAAGAAUUCACUGACGUAACUUUGUAAAAUGCCGUUAACAAUCCUCCCUAUCAAUGUUAAACGUUCCGGAUUACGUGGUAGGAGCGCGGUAUGUCUCUCUAUUUCUCUGUCUCUUUCUAUCAUUCUCAACCCUUUUCCUCUCCCACCAUCCAAAAUAUUCUCGUUUUUUUUUUACACUGAAUUAUGUGUAUUCUAUUCAUAAAAUAUCCUAAUCAUUUAGCAGGAGGAGGCGGUACAAAAUUUUAUAAAUCGUCUAUCAUGUAAAAGUUGCAAUAAAGGGCAAAUACAGUUCUGACAUUGCACGAAACGUUAUACUGCAUGAAUCGAAAAACAUCAUUUAAUUGCGUAUUAUUAGAUUGACAGAAUAUAUGUAAUAUUUUUAUACCUAAUAAUCCAAUUAUAAUAUUGGAUAUAAUAAUAGAUAAACGAAUUUCGUUAUUACGUAGAUAAUUUGUAAAAUAGUCUACUGUAACGUAUUUACAAAUUUUAUCAUUAAUCAAUAGACAAUUAUUUAUCAAUAUAAAGUAUAACGGUUCGAUUUAUAUAUAUAUAUAUCUCUAUCUCAGUUUCCCCAUACAAAACAGGGACCUGCCGAUUUCCAUAAUUACAUUGUGUAUUUGUGAAAAAAUGGGGAUGAAAGCAACGACCGCCUCUUUCAGCACAAACUAGCAUCAGAUAUCGGAAACUCAAUACACAUUGGUUCAUAGUAGUUUCCUUUUUCCAAUUCUCAUGACUUAAGGAGCACGAGUCCUUAUGAACAGCAUCCUUUAUAAACAAUUAGAUAGGUCGUGCGUUCAUGUGAAAUUGUACGUUAUUUUAAAGAUCAUAUUUCGAAGCGAGGAUUCAUAUCUGUAAAGAACUGUAAGCCCCCUUGUGGAUCACACUGUUCGAUCCGUUUUAGAGUAUUUCAUUAGCGAGCAUACGUGCAUACAACAUUUAGAAGCCUUAGUGGCAAAAAAAUUGUUCUAAUUGGAAAAUAAAUUGUAUAGCAAAUAGGUCAGUUAUUGAAAUAAAACUAUACAUAACACACAAUAAGAAUAAUAUCCUGCAUUUUGUCUUUUCAGUCUUGAAUCACGAGUGAAUAUGUCCAAUCGAAAUGUUUUUUACAGACGUAUUUUUCUCUUUUUCUCUCGUUAUCUCUAUCUCCAUUUCUUCAUUUCUAUCUUUGAAAUUUGAACAGGAUUACAAGUAGACACGUUUGAUGAAUCCCAUUCUCUAACAGCGAUAACAUAAUAUGAUAAAUAUACAUUUGCGAUAACAAUGUUUAAUAUUUAAUAGUAUACUAAUAGUCAUAUACACAAUGAUU